AUGGACUAUUCCCUGCAGAACCACGCUUCCUAUAUUGGCCGUCCGGUCUGCGAGCUUCCUACUCCCUCUCUGAUCCUCAGCAAGCCCGUUCUAGAGCGGAAUACCAAGAUCCUGCUAGAUGAUGUCAAACGGCUCGGCAUCUCCUUUAGGCCUCAUGUUAAGACUCUGAAGUGCGCAGAAGUGACGCGCAUGAUGCUCGGUGAUGGCGAGCACCGCCAGAUAGUCGCUUCGACAUUAAGCGAGAUCCGGGGAGCAUUGGAUCUGGUAAAGGAAGGCAAACUAGACGAAUGCCUCUACGGCCUCCCAAUCUCUAACAGCGCCCUCCCUCAUCUGCAAGAAUUAACGAGAAGCCUCAAAAUUAUCCUGAUGAUCGAUAGUGAACAACAAAUAGAUCUUCUCGACUCAUUUGCAUCUAAAUCAUCGUCGACAGUGGCAUGGCCGGUCUUUAUCAAGAUCGAUGUCGGAUCCAAGCGCGCAGGAAUGGCUAAUGAUUCACCCUCGCUACCAGAAUUGAUUCAACGUGCCGAGUCGUCAUCCUCGGCUUCUAUUUAUGGAUUCUAUUGUCACGCUGGUCACUCUUAUGCGUGCCGCACAGAAGAUGCUGCUGCUGCGGUCUUGCAGACUGAAGUGGAGGGUGUUGUUAACGCGGCACGAUUCUUAGUUGAUGGGAAGCUUGAACGGAAGAUUGUUGUUUCUGUUGGAUCAACGCCUACGGCGCAUGUUGUUAAGAGGCUGCAAGGGGCUUUGCCUGAGGGGAUGGACUUGGAGUUGCAUGCUGGAAAUUACCCAACGAAUGACCUCCAGCAAGUAGCAACGUCCCUUGUUGAGCCAUCGCAACAAGCAGUGCGAAUUCUAGCGGAUGUCUGCAGUAUCUACCCAGAACGCGAUGAAGCACUUAUCAAUGCGGGAACAGUCGCUCUUUCGAAAGAGACGAGUGAAUUCCCUGGGUAUGCGGUUGUGACUGAUCGGCCCCAGUGGAGUGUUGUACGUAUGGCACAAGAGCAUGGGAUUCUCGGUUGGGCGGACUCCGAGCAGACUAGUCAACUUGUUGAGAAGGUUGGAUCAAAGUCGACUGCUGGGGAGAAUAUUGAGACUGCGUUUACAGUUGGCGAUAAGGUUCUACUUUAUAUCCAGCAUGCUUGUAUCACUGCCGCUAUGCAUUUUGCGUACUAUGUUGUUGAUGGGGAUGAUAUUGUUAGGGAGACUUGGGUUCCGUGGAAGGGUUGGUGA